CCAAGAUGGAGGGCACGGCCCGGAGGUGCUGAGGCCUGACCCGCGUGGGAGCGAGUGGGGUUCGGGACACCGGGGGACAGCGCCAUGCCUCACAAGAAGAAAAAGCCCUUCAUAGAGAAGAAGAAAGCAGUAACAUUUCACUUAGUGCACCGAAGUCAGAGGGAUCCUCUUGCUGCUGAUGAUACUGCACCCCAAAGAGUUCUGCUGCCCACACAGAAAGGGCAUGAGGAGCAAAGAAGGGAAGAGCAGCGCAAGUAUGGUGUCUUCUUUGAUGAUGACUAUGACUAUUUGCAGCACCUCAAAGAAGCCUCUGGUCCCUCUGAGCUUGUCCCAUCUGUGCGUGGACAGCAAAGCAGAAUUGUCAUCACAAAUGAGGGGCACAUAGAAGAUGAAAUUCAGAGAAUUUCAGCUCCAUCCAUUAAGUUGCCUUCCUCGGUAUUUGCCACAGAGUUUGAAGAGGAUGUAGGCUUGUUAAAUAAAGCUGCUCCUGUUUCAGGACCACGGCUAGAUUUUGAUCCAGAUAUUGUUGCAGCUCUUGAUGAUGAUUUUGACUUUGACAAUCCAGAAAAUAUCCUGGAAGAUGAUUUUGUUCUACAAGCAAAUAAACCACAGAAGCGGGGACCAGAUGCUGAGGAUGAGGAUGAAUGGGAAGAUAUGGAAGAUGAUAGUGAUGAAAAGGAUAGCUGCAGUACUGAUAAAGACUAUGAUUCAGAAGGUCCUUUGUCAGAUGAUGAGGUUAAUGGACCAACAAAGGAAUUCCUUUUUAUGCAAGAAGAAACCAGGAGUCGUUUCACCGAAUAUUCUAUGUCAUCUUCAGUAAUAAGACGAAAUGAGCAGUUAACCCUGUUGGAUGACAGAUUUGAGAAGUUUUAUGAACAAUUUGAUGAAGAUGAGAUUGGAGCCUUAGAUAACGUGGAGUUAGAAGGCUACAUUAACACAGACAAUGCUCGGUUGCAGGAAGUCCUGGAUGAUUACUACAAAGAGAAAGCAAAGAAUUGUGUGAAAAUGGAUGCUCUUGAACCUGAUGAAGAUUUGGACUCUCCUGCAAAUGAAGAAAGUGAGGAAGAAAAGGAAGAAAUAGUAACUGUAGUUAUUGAGGAGUCAAAAGAAAAGUGGGAUUGUGAAUCCAUUUUGAGUACCUAUUCAAACUUGUAUAAUCACCCAACACUUAUUAAGGAGCCAUCAAAGCCCAAGCCAAUAAAAAUUUCUCAGAAGACUGGAAUUCCCCUACACAUCUUGCCUCAGAGAGGUCUCACUGCUAAGCAGGUGGAACGCAUGCAAAUGAUAAAUGGCAGUGACCUGCCAAAAGCGUCGACACAGCCUCGUUCCAAAGCUGAGAGCAAAGAGGAUCGCAAAGCCAGAAAACAGGCAAUAAAAGAGGAGCGAAAGGAACGCAGAAUGGAGAAGAAAGCCAACAAGCUGGCCUUCAAACAGGAGAAAACAAGACAAGAGAAAGAGUUGCUCAAUCUGAAACAAAAUGUGCAAGGUCUGAAGCUGUCCUGAUGAAACUGUGGAGUCAACCCUAAUUUUUCUUUUGUAUUGAGAAGGGAACUGCUGCCUCACACUUCUGCCAGUCCUGCUCAAAGGGGGUUGUUCAAAUCUCACUGUAACAAGAUCCUGUAACUUGUCACUUUUUCUGAAGUGAAAUUCUAUAUAAAAUAAUGUAUUGGUGAUAUCUAUUCUGUCAUGAGUGACAUGGCAACUGCUGCAAACUUUCAUUACAGUAGAAAUGUAUUAAAAUUAUGAAUAUUUUUCUUACAAGUUAUCACUGAACAGAGUUAUAUAUAUAUUUGUUGAAUGUAUUCAACAAAUCAGCAAUGUCCUACAGAUUUGAUCUGAUUAGAUUCUUCUAUUAAAUUAUUUCAGUUUACAAAA